AAUGGGAGCUCACUGACAUGGUGGUGUGGGUGACCGGAGCAUCAAGUGGGAUUGGCGAGGAGCUGGCCUACCAGUUAUCUAAACUAGGAGUUUCCCUUGUAUUGUCAGCCAGAAGAGUGCAGGAGUUGGAAAGGGUGAAAAGAAGAUGCCUAGAGAAUGGUAACUUAAAAGGAAAAGAUGUACUUGUUUUGCCACUUGACCUCAUGGACAGAAGUUCCCAUGAAGCAGCCACCAAAGCUGUUCUCCAGGAAUUUGGCAGGAUCGACGUUCUGGUCAACAAUGGUGGAAUUAGCCAGCGUUCUUUGUGUGUGGAGACCAGCCUGGAUGUCUACAAGGAGCUAAUGGAGCUUAACUACUUAGGGACAGUGUCCUUGACAAAGUGUGUCCUGCCUCACAUGAUCGAGAGGAAGCAAGGAAAGAUUGUUACUGUGAAUAGCCUCCAGGGCAUCUUAUCUGCACCCCUUUCCACUGGAUAUUGUGCCAGCAAACAUGCUCUUCGGGGUUUUUUUAAUGGCCUCCGGACAGAACUUGCCGCAUACCCAGGUAUAGUAGUUUCUAACAUUCACCCUGGACCUGUGCAAUCAAAUAUUGUGAAGAAUGCCCUAACUGAAGAAGUCACAAAGACUGUAGGCUCUAACGGAGACCAGUCCCAUAAGAUGCCAACCAGUCGUUGUGUGCGGCUGAUGUUAAUUGGCAUGGCCAACGACUUGAAAGAGGUCUGGAUUUCGGAUCAGCCUUUAUUGUCAGUGACCUAUUUGUGGCAAUAUAUGCCUACCUGGGCCUGGUGGAUAACUGGCAAGUUAGGAAAGAAAAGGAUCGAGAACUUUAAGAGUGGUGUGGAUGCAGACUCUUCUUAUUUUAACAUCUUCAAGAAAAAGCAUGACUGAAAGGAGCACUUGCAGUUUUCAAGCCCCUGGAGUGAGAAAUGUCGAACUUGAAAAUAGCAAUCUUAUGUAUUGAAGAUUAAUUGAAAACUAAUUUGUGAUUUUACUUUUUGACAGAUACAACUUUCCUUUUAACAUAGAAUGAAUAAAAAAGUGAAAGACUGCCAUGAA